GCACCUGGAGUUGGGCAAGCAAGCCCAAUGACUACUCUUGAUGUUCCCUCUCCGAAUCACUAAAGGUUGGAUUUUGGGUUUUCACCUUGCAAAGCACAUCCAAGCAGACUUCACGUAAUGCCUUCAACAAAAGCACGGCACGUAAACACGGAAGCCGGAUCCGAAGUCAAGGCUAGACAUCCCUUCAGGAAACGGACGCGGGCGUCGCUAAAAAAAAGAAAAAAGAAAAGAAACUCUCCCGACUCCUCUGCCACCGCUGGGCGCUGGCACCGCCCAGUCCUCGCUCGCGCCGCCGCGAUUCGCCGAACUCGCCCGUCCGCGCAGCCUGCCAGCGCCACUCCUCCGUCCACGCCGGCCGUCCGCCCGCGUGCCCUCCGUCUGCGCCGCCCGUCCGCGUCCUCCAGUCGCCGGCGGCAUCUCCGUCCGCGCCGCCAGCGCCGUACCUCCGUCCACGCUGUCUGCCCGUGCCGCCCCUCCGUCUACGCCGCCCGUCAGCGUCCUCCAAUCGUCGGCGACACCUCCAUCCGCGCCGCUUGCGCCUCUAACUUCCUCCAUCGCAGGCCAGGUGCUUGUUGUCCUGAUACUCCAAAAGAGAAGAGGAAAAGAGCAUUUUGGAUGUGCUGAUGCUCCAAAAGAGAAGAGGAGAAAAGCAGUAUUGCUGUGCUGGGAGUGGCAGAUGCUCCAAAAGAGAAGAGGAAAAGAGAAAAAGUGAGGUGCAGUACAAACAGUGGAGGGGAAAGUGGAGAAGAAGUGGAGGGAAGCAACUCACGGGUGUGGUUUUGGCGCCAAGCUGGGUGACUUUUCCCUCCAAAAGAGAAGAAAGAGAAAGAGCAGGUCACGUGCAUGAGAAGGGAGAGGUGUUGUGUGUCCGUUUCCUGAAGGGAUGUCUAGCCCUGACUCCGCUCUGUAAUGUUAGAGGAUCCGGCUCCGUAAACACGUACGGUCAUUGCCAGGUGGAACCAUCGUAGGUGAAACCUGAUCUCAUUUCCACUCAAUUUUCAGAACA